UUAUAAAUUAAGACACUAAAUUUAUCUACCUGACCUGUAUUGUAUAUAUAUAUAUGCAUGUAAUCUAAGUUAGUGAUCCCAAAAAUUCAUCACCUUAUAUUCAUUCAAUUCGGUUAUAAUUAAAAUGGCUUCACCUCUAAUUACUCUUUCCCUCUCUCUCACUCUGCUGCUGCUGCUGUGCGGCUCCACGUCAGCCCAGCUCCGGCAGAACUACUACCGCAGCACCUGCCCCGACGUCGAGAACAUUGUGCGCAAGGUCGUCGCCGACAAGUUCCGCCAGACCUUCGUCACCGUCCCGGCGGUCAUCCGCCUCUUCUUCCACGACUGCUUCGUCUCCGGGUGCGAUGCAUCGGUGAUCGUGGCGUCGACUCCGGGGAACACGGCGGAGAAGGAUCACUCGGACAAUCUGUCGCUGGCCGGAGACGGAUUCGACACCGUCAUCAAGGCCAAAGCCGCCGUCGACGCCGUCCCCAGAUGCCGGAAUAAGGUCUCCUGCGCGGAUAUUCUCGCCUUGGCAACACGCGACGUCAUUGGCCUGUCUGGUGGGCCUUCGUAUGCAGUGGAAUUGGGAAGGUUGGAUGGAUUGCGUUCAACUUCUGCGAGCGUUGAAGGCAAUCUGCCUAAGCCAACUUUCAAUUUGAAUCAGCUCAACUCCAUGUUUGCUUCAAGAGGCCUAACUCAAGCAGACAUGAUUGCUCUUUCAGCAUGUCACACCGUAGGAUUCUCGCACUGCAGCAAAUUCUCGAACCGGAUAUACAACUUCACCCGGCAAAACCCGGUGGACCCGACCCUGAACAAGGGAUACGCGACCGAAUUGCAAGGCAUGUGCCCGAGAGAUGUGGACCCGAGAAUAGCGAUCGACAUGGACCCCACAUCGCCUCGGCAAUUCGAUAACGCCUAUUUCAAGAACCUGGUCCAGGGCAAGGGCCUCUUCACGUCGGAUCAGGUGCUCUUCACGGAUCAAAGAUCCCGGGGCACCGUCAAUACGUGGGCCUCCGACCCGAAAGCAUUCAACAGCGCAUUCAUCUCGGCCAUCACUAAAUUGGGUCGGGUCGGGGUCAAAACCGGAAGAAACGGUAACAUUCGGUUUGACUGUGGGAGAUUUAAUUAAAGAGCAAUCAUUACUACAAGAAAGAAUGUAAUAAAACGGAGCUGGCUAUAUGGAUACUGAUUUUUGGGUUGGUUGCUUUAAUUUUUUUUGGCAUGAUUAAUUGGCCACGUUGUGAACAAAUUUUUUUAUAAGAUUCGUUUCCAAACAAGACAUGCUUGUUGAUGAUCUGCAUGUGCAGAGUUUGUUGUUUGCAAGUUGCAACAAUUGUGAGAAGAUAAGAAUUUCAUGUUCUUUCUUUAAA